AUGUCCGACACUACUCAGGAUACGCUAUUGCAGCGCCUUUCAGAAUUUCUGACCACAUAUGGUCCCCUCCCAACGGAUAUAGACUUCGGUGAUGAACUUACCGAGGCCCAUAAUCUUAUUGCUGAAUGUUUGGAGGCUUUUACCAAGCCUUCCGAAAACCCCGAACCCGUUAUCGACACGGCCCAAGAAGAGGUCAUUAUCGGCCUCACCAAGGAACUCGAAGCAGCUGACGAAAAGGCUGCCGAUCUAUUGCAAACCUUGUCCGAAUGCCAGGAAGACUUUACCGAGACUAUCCGGGGCCGCGAUGAAGUUAUCGUUGCUCUCAAGGGCGAGCUUGAGGAGUCUAAGGCCGAGGAGGAGGAGCUUCAGUAUCGCCUGGCACUACAUCAGGAAAGUCUCGCCAUCGCUGACGAGAACCUCGCUGAUGCUGAAGAUGAGAUUCUUCACAUCACCUCUGUUGCAAAAGCCUGGGAGGCCUAA